GGCCUCGCUUUCGUCACAGUGGCUUUAAAGUUUAACGGCUGUGGACGUGAGUUUUUUUUAAAACGUCAACGGCCGCCAGUGAUGUGAAUGGACGUCCUGUCUGGUCGUGACUUGCUCUGGUUUGCUGGGGGGGGGGAAGCAGACGGUUGCGAAAGCGCUGGCGGGCGGGGAGCGCUAGGUGAGGGAGGUGAAGAUGUCGGCGGAGGAGGACACGGAGCUGCGGGACCUGUUGGUGCAGACACUGGAGAGCAGCGGCGUGUUGAACAAGAUCAAGGCUGAAUUACGGGCAGCUGUAUUCCUAGCACUUGAAGAACAGGAGAGAAUUGAAAACAAAACACCAUUGGUUAAUGAGAGCUUGAAAAUGUUUUUGAAUACAGAGGAUGGGCGCUUGGUGGCUGGUCUUGUUACUGAGUUUCUCCAGUUUUUCAACCUUGAUUUUACUUUGGCAGUAUUCCAGCCAGAAACAAACACGUUCAGUGGACUUGAUGGACGAGAUAAUUUGGCAAGGGAGCUAGGACUCCGUGAGGGAGACUGCUUGAAGGGAGCACCUAUAUUGUUGGAGGUGAUGCGAAGAAAUCGACAAAAAGAGAAAGAUCACAUUUUUUCCGAAGGAGACCAAGUUACCUGUAUUCCAAAGGAAUUACCAGCAAAGCACAUAGCAGAAGCCAAGAAAAUGUUUGAAUUUUAUGAUAAAGACAAGAAUGGUGAACUAAAUAAAGAAGAAGUGAAGGAACUAUUUGUAGAUCUCUUCCCUCAUUUCCCCAAGAAUAUGCUGGACAGAUAUGUAAAUGAUGAAUUUAGAGCAGUGGAUAAAGAUUUUAGUAAUGCAAUUGAUUAUGAUGAAUUUCUGGGAAUGUAUAAAAAGCUAUUCAUCCAAUGCAGAAGUGUGGUGGCUCAAGAUAUUUCUGGCAGGGCACAAUCUGCAUGCAAGGUUCCAGAAGGGAGGCAAACAACUUCGAACCUAGGCAGCAAGAUACCUAGAUACAAAGGAACUGGUAAAGUUAAAGAGAGCGGUGAGAAAGCUGGUGAGAAGGUCAUUGACACCGGUCAUGGAGAUACCACUAUAGACCUAUGUGAUAUAAAAACUGCAGCUAAUCAGUCUUCCAGUGAGCCAAAACAAGAUUUGUUGCCUAACACAUCCACCAGCCUCCCAGAGAAAGAUGGCAAUUUUGGUGAAGAUGAAGAUUCAUUCUUUGAUGACCCAUUCCCUGAACAAAUCAAAACCUAUGGAUGGCGGACUGAUCUGAAAAGUAAAUCAGUGAGUGGCCUGACGUCGCUUUCAGAUGCCCCUCCUCUCACAGCAUGCCUGGGGACGCUGGCAAAAGAACCUACGUUAAAAGAAGCAGAUUUAAAAGGCGAUGAAGAAGAAGAAUAUGAUGAUGAUUUCAUCAGUGGCAGUCAACGUUCAGAUAAAACCAAGAGCGAAUUGAGCAUUGGUGAGGAGAUUGAAGAGGACAUUUCAGUAGAAGGGGAAGAUUUUUGUACCGGUGAUAAGCUUGACGACUUUACACAGGACCACACCAUAUCACACAGCAGCGAUAUGGCAGAUUAUAUAGAGGAAGUACCAUAGUAUUGUGUACUUCAUUGUACAGAUGAGUGGAUUUUGCUGCUUCUGAUGUGCUGAAGAGUGAUGAAGGAAUUGGCCUGUCGGAACCAUUUGUUUAACGUGAUAUUAAAUUAUAGACCACGUUCACACUAAGAAAUUAAGCAAUCAAAAUGGUACUGACUUGGGCAGUGGAAAGUCGGCAAGUCCAAGACCUUCAUUCAGUAUUCAUUAGAAAAAAAUAUUUUAGAAUUACUAAGUUUGGUCCUUAAGUUGUAAAGGUAAAAUCUUUUGAUUAAAAAUUAUUUUUAAUAUUAA